GUAACCUCUGUAACUGUUUUGUCUUGCUUGUUUGCAAAAACUGCAAAAGAACUUAUUAUUUCUAUUCGAGACUUCAAUAGUUUCAUCACUCGGACCAACACUUGUGGAGAGCUGCGUUCUGCUCACGUGGGACAAGAGGUCACGCUCUAUGGAUGGAUUCAGUAUCAAAGACAAGGCCUGUUUCUGGUUUUGAGGGAUUUCCAGGGACUGACCCAGAUCAUCAUUCCCCAGGAUGAGGCACAUUCCCAUGUGAAGAAGCUCUUGUCUAAUGCCCCAGUGGAGUCUGUUGUGCGAGUGACUGGAAUUGUGUCCCCUCGGCCCCCAGGACAGGAGAAUCCGAAAAUGCCAACAGGGGAUAUUGAAGUGAAGGUGGAGACUGCAGAGAUCCUAAACUCCUGCAAGAAGCUACCUUUUGAAAUCAAGGAUUUUAUCAAGAAAUCAGAGGCCUUAAGGAUGCAGUAUCGCUACUUGGACUUGCGUAGCUUCCAGUUGCAGUAUAACCUGCGGCUGAGAUCACAGAUAGUGAUGAGGAUACGGGAAUAUCUGUGUAACCUCCAUGGGUUCGUGGAUGUAGAAACUCCAACACUUUUUAAGAGAACGCCAGGGGGAGCAAAAGAAUUCCUUGUGCCCUCGAGGGAAGCAGGCAAGUUCUACUCUCUGCCACAGAGUCCUCAGCAGUUCAAGCAGCUCCUCAUGGUUGGAGGCCUGGACAGGUACUUUCAGGUUGCUCGCUGCUACCGAGAUGAAGGUUCGCGGCCUGACAGACAGCCUGAAUUCACUCAGAUAGAUAUAGAGAUGUCAUUUGUAGAUCAAACUGGGAUCCAGAGACUGAUAGAGGGCCUCCUGCAAUAUUCCUGGCCUGAGGAAAGAGGGUCCAUUACAACUCCUUUCCCUUCCAUGACAUAUGAGGCGGCACUGGCUGACUAUGGGACUGAUAAACCAGACACUCGUUUUGGGAUGAAGAUAGUGGAUAUCAGUGAUUUUUUACGAAGAUCGGACAUUCAGUUUGUGCAGAAUGCACUCAGUUGCCCACAUGGCGCUGUCAAAGCCAUUUGUAUCCCUCAGGGAGUGAGAUAUCUUAAAAAUAAAGACCUGGAGUUAUUAAAGGGGUCUGCAAAAUCCCAGUUUAACCAGGAAAUCAUGGAAAUUAUCUGCAGGCCUGAUGGAAGCUUGAAGUCUCUGCUUACGAAGUUUCUUGGUGAGACGCAGCAGUCAGAGCUUAUCCAAGUGCUGAACAUGCAAGUGGAUGAUGUGGUACUGCUGGCAGCUGGUGAACACAAGCAAGUGUGCUCUGCAUUAGGAAGCCUACGGUUGGAGAGUGCUGACCUCCUUGAGGCAGCUGGGCUGGUACUCCGUGAUCCUACAGCUUUUCACUUUCUGUGGGUGGUGGAUUUCCCCCUUUUCCUCCCAAAGGAAGAGAAUCCCACUGAACUGGAAUCUGCUCAUCACCCCUUCACUGCCCCUCAUCCUUCAGAUACCAACCUCCUCUAUUCUGAUCCUGCAAAGGUUCGUAGCCAGCACUAUGACCUUGUGCUGAAUGGCAAUGAAGUUGGAGGUGGCUCCAUCAGAAUUCAUUGUGCAGAACAACAGCGUUUUGUGCUGGAGAAAGUGCUGAAGGAGGAUUCUGAGGUGCUGUCCCAUCUGCUUGAGGCUUUGGAGUUUGGAGCGCCACCUCAUGGAGGAAUCGCUUUAGGACUUGACAGGCUGAUCUCUCUCAUUGUUGAUGCUCCAAGUAUCCGAGAUGUCAUUGCUUUUCCUAAAUCCUUCAGGGGACGAGAUCUGAUGGGCAAUGCUCCAGACUUUGUCACUCCAGAAGAACUAGAGCCAUAUCACAUCCAGAUUUCCUGGCCUCUUGCAGAAAAAGAAGCAAAGAAAAACUGA